CAUACUUCUUCACACAACUCACAGUCAACCUGUGGAACUUGUUGCCAGGCAUUGUUGUGAGGGACAAAAGUAUAACUGGAUUAAUAAAACAAUUAGAUAAGUUCAUGAAGGACAGGUUCAUCAACGGCUAUUAACCACUAUUGUCAGGCCUGCAGUCCUAUGCUCUGAGUGUUCCUAAACCUCUAACUACCAGAAGCUGGGACUGGACAAAAGGGGGUGAAUUACUCGAUAAUUGCUAAGCUUAAGAUUUUGUCUCAUUUAUUUUUAGUAAAAGUCAGAGACGGGUUGCAGGCAAUAAACAAAAAUUUGAGGGAGCCUGUGACCUGUCUGUGACUUUUACUAAAAAUAACUGGGAAGAGGGCAAAUGGGGGAAGAGGAAGGAAUGACAACUGGAGCCCUAUGCGGGGGGGACUGACAGCCUGAGACCCACCACCACAGUGAGGUGUAAAGCCUAGCUGAAGUCACGGGGGUGAGGAGGCGGUGCACGCAGCCCCAGCUCCGGCCUAGCUAUGGGGGGCUGGUAGGGGAGCAUACGGCUCUGGCCCCAGCUGCAGCCACUGACAGCUGAAGCCAAAGAAAUCACGGAGGUCUGAUAAAGUUACAGAAUCUGUGACUUCCAUGACCUCCAUGACUAAAUUGUAUCCUUAAUAAUUGCCCUGUUCUGUUCAUUCCCUUUGAAGCAUCUGGCAACCAGCUACUCUCAGAAUAUUGAGCUAGAUGGACCAGUGGUCUUACUCAGUCGCUAUUAUUAUUUAGAAAUCAGAAAGUUUCAAAACUAUUGUCAUGUAAACUUUAUUUUUUUUUAAAUUUACCUUUUUAUGAUUCUCUUAAUGCUACGUUUAACUGCUGCUAAAUUUGAAGUGUCUGGUUUUCAGUGUUUUAAAAAGUGUAGAAGAGCUCUUCACUUUUAGCCUGGAUCAUGGGUAGAGUCCAGCAGAAGGAAGGGAGGAGUAGGGAUGUCUCAUCCACUUUUCCUCUCCCAAGCUUUCUCCUCACCCCAUCACUGGCUGCAAACAAGUGGGAAAGGAGAGGAGUCAAAAUUCCUUUCCUUUGCUCCUCUUGUGGUGCAGCUAGGUGUUACUCAGAGCUGAGCCUAAAGGCUCAAUCUAGUUCUAACACAUUUUGUUGCUGCAAUUUACAAUAGUAAGUGAUUGGAAUAUCUUUUAUAUUGAACUAAAAUACUGCUUUAUAUUUCUCUUAAAUCCCUUGUCUGGAGGAAUACAGUAUCACUGCUAUACCAAUGUAUUUCAUAGUUAUGUUGCUUCAGUUCAGUAUGCAGUUCCAAUUUCUAGUGAUUUGUCAUUCAGCCUUGAAAAUUUGCUCCAGGCUGAAUGUGAAAUACAAGGUGUUAACCCAGAAGUAACUUUUGCCAGAUUUGGUCUGUGGUUUGAUGUAGCAGAAUUACAAGAAUUAGUAAUUAGAUACUUUAUUCUAUUUUAUUCACUCUCUAAAACCAAACCUGUGACAAAUGUAUUUUGCCGGCCCUUAAUUAAAUUGGGCUGUGCUGUAUUGUAUGAUUGGGUAUUUUCUGAAUAUACUGAAUGUUUCAAUUUUGUGUUAAAAAUGUGUCUAGUGUGAAUGUAAUCAUUUUACUUUAUGCUCAUUUUGUAUCAUGGAAUGACUAAACACAUAUAUUUAACAGAUCCAUAACCAGAAGAUGAAUAAUAUCAUGAAUAUGUAUUGGUAUUACAUAAAUCAGUUAAUUGAGUUUAAAAAAUCUGUGAACUUUAACUCUACAAUGAUCUAUUACAUUGUCUCAGACUCACCUACUGAAAGAAAAUUAUUCUGACCCAAAAUCUUUUUUUAAUAACUUGCUAAGUAUACAGUUAGUCAUUUUGAAUUACUUUAGGGACAUAUUUUAAGUUAUCCCUUUAAAAUCCAUUGGUAACGCCCCUCUUUUUUUUUUUUUACAUUAAGCUAAAACAAAUAAUUGGUUAAUGUUAAAUCACUUAAACAUUUAGAAGCAAUGGAUGUUAGAUUCAUUCCUAACAAAUACUGUGAGAAUAACUUUCUCAACAUUGUAUUUAAGUAUUGCAGUAGAUAAUGUUGUAUACUCCAUAAAUAUACUGUGCUGAUAUACUCUUCAUAUCUAGAUGUAAUAGAGCAAAUUAAUUAGGUAGUUUCAGCCUUAAUUUUAAAUGUCUUUGCAUUUGGGUAUUUAUUUUGGAUCUUAAAUGUUGCUUAAAUGUAUUUUUUAUGAUUCUGUAGUUACGUUAACCUAACUACAUUUGUCUUGUAUAAAUAGUUCAGCAAUUUGAAUUGAUAAGAGGGUAGAAGCUGAUUUUAAACUCUUACGGAUCAAAAAAGAGCAUAUUUUUUUAUUUUAAAACAAUCAGUUUGACUUUAUGAAGGUUAGCACUUAUUUGUUUAAUAAUUAAUAGGUCUUUCCUGCCAAUAAGAAUUAGAUUACUGCUGACUUGCUUUAACUGGUGAUUGUUAUAGUAAUAUUAUGGUAGUUUCUAUGUGGUAUGCAAUGGUUUUUUGCUAAUCUGUAGGAUAUAACUCUAUGGAAGUACUAGAAGGGAAGCCUCUUUCAGAAGUUUCCAAAUGCCAUUAAUAUAUUAUGGGGAAAUGGUCAGUUCCAUUGUCUUAAUUUGUCAUUCUUAUUUGCCUCUUGCUGUGUAAGCCUGCAUUGUGCCUGGCAACUGUUACCUAGUGACAAUUUCAGCUGCUUUAGCCAUUGGCUGUGCUGUUGAUUGGGGCAGAAGGACCGAGUCACCUUUCUGAUAGUGAGUUCUUCUGCAUCAGCUAAGGAUAAAGAGGAGCAGCAGGCUCAGGUGCAAGCAAUAAUUUUGAGAGAGAAUGUGAGAAAUAGUGACAGCAUUCUUGUAACUGCCUCCCAGUAAAUAGGACUUCUGUAUCAAGCAGUUCACCGUAGCAGUUGAUAAGAAUGAACGUAGGUGAGAAACAUUGGUUUAUUGCUGUAGCAAGAGCAUUUUUUUAAAAAGUAGUAAUUUUGUAACAGAUUGUUACUUAUAGACAGAGAGAAUGAACAAAUGACAAGUGUAUUGGGGAUGUUAUAAAAUCAAAAAGAACCUUCUGUACAGCAUGAUGGUGCACGUUGGAAAAUUAACUUCAAAAGAAUGCUUUCUAUCAAACUACUGCAUCAGAAGUGGAGAAAAUGCUUCUUUUCUAGUGAAUGAAAUUCUUUCAGAAGGAGCAGCCAAGACUAUCAAAAGCACCAGUGAGAUGUCGGUACUUUUAAAGGGACGUUAAACAAAUGCUAAAAUAAUAUCUAAAUGACCUUGGAAAUCUUUUUAUUUGGAUUGAUUCAUUCUUGUCUGCCUCUUCCUAAUCUCAGGAAUUCUAGGAUUAAAGAUAUUUUCAGUAUUUCUGGGUUUUUUUAAAAACAAGACUGUGUAUAUUUAGUAACCUAGCUAAUGGUCCUUGCACUAAUCAAGCAGUUACUCAAAAAUGAAUACAGAAGAGGCUUUCUUUAACAUAUGGCUGCUCCAUAACUGCAAAUACAAUUAACAGGUAAUGUCCAGCUAUUAGAAGAUCUGGUUUUUAAAGCAGAGAUUUAUCAUGCUAAUCAUCUAAUAAAAACCGAAAGUCUGUGGCAGCCUAGAAGCUGAAGCUGAAUGACAGAAUAUUGGAGUAAACAAUGGCAGCUUUUCUAGUCUGAUCAGCAUUUCAUUAGCUUCACAGCAGAAUGCAGAUGGAAGUUUCUGUUCUUGUUGUAUGGAGCUUGUGAAAGGAUUCAGGUGUUGCCACAAAGGUGAGAAAUAUCAUGGAUAUACCUAUGAACUUCACUGUACUGAUCCAUUGUAGCAGAUAUUUUCUGAAGAAAAUUAUUUUUGAUUAUCACUGCUGAAAUGAAAUGCAAGAAGGAUUUAUUUUGUCUGUGAGGACCUUGGAUUGUGCUGCUGACAUAGAUAGUUGGAGUGGACCGUAACUGUUUAAAAGAGUUUUGAAUACUGACGUAAAGCUCCAAAAUUUAUUCUUACAUUUUUGAUUUUUAAGUGAGUACACAUGAUCUUCCUCAUUGUACAGGUUGAUGUAUGUUUUCUUUCCUGGGAGUCAGAGGACAAACCUGGCUUUCCCCAUACCCUUCUCCCUCCAAAUAAAAUUCAUUAUUCAUACACAAACUGUGGUGAGUCUGUUGGAAUUAACCUGGACAGAAAUGUUUUCCUUUCCUCUCUAAUGAAUAGGAUAGAUGAAGCAAAGAUCUCCUGAACGGAGCCAAAAGACACAGCACGAUACGGUGAACUUUUCCUUGGUUUUCUAGACAUUCUGUGAUUUAAUUAUUUAAAUGAACAUAAAACAUUAAUUCAUUUCUAAAGAUUGCUGAUUCAGGAAACCUGUUGUAUUGAGACGUUUCUCUCUUUUUUUAUUAUUUGUAUUUUUCUAGCUAAUUCCAAAGAAACUGCCUUUCUCAGGAAAAAAACAAUCACAGAAUUUUUUUUUGAGGCAGUUGACUUCUUCCUGUCCUCCCCCUUCCUUUUUUUUUUUUUUUUUGGUUUUUAUUUUCAUCUUCCACAAAUACAGUAAAAAGAACCUGUUUUCUUUAGAAGUGCCUUGUGUUUGAUAAAGAUGGAGAGCACUGGAGGAAAUCGGUCAGUGGCCUUUUUGGCUUUUUUUUCUUUCCUCAAAGCUAAGGUGUGUCAGAGCGUUGCAUUGAUGCUGAAGGGGCAUCAACAGCUAUGAGACUGUAAUCUCCCUGAUAGAAGCACUGGCCGUGUCUACAAAGAGAGAUGAUGAGACUCUGAGGCAGAGUUUAGCUGAUGUUGGGCAGGUCACCUGCUCACUGUAGCUCUGAUUGCAGUGUUCCCUAAUCCCAAACCAUGAACCACUCCAGAUGGACUGAAUGGAGCACUCUGAACAUGAGCAGUAGCAUUGUGAAUGUGUCUGAGCAUCUCUCCUGUCCGCUAGGAUUUGGUCACUACAAUGCAGUCGACAUCUGCAUCCUUGAGACGGUCAUUAUUGUUUUGCUAACAUUUUUAAUUAUUGCUGGUAAUUUAACUGUAAUAUUUGUCUUUCACUGUGCUCCGCUCUUACAUCAUUAUACCACCAGCUGUUUUAUUCAGACUAUGGCCUAUGCUGAUCUUUUUGUUGGAAUUAGCUGCCUGGUUCCUACAUUAUCAUUGCUUCACUACUCUACAGGUGUCCAUGAGUCCUUGACUUGUCAGGUUUUUGGAUACAUCAUCUCUGUGCUGAAGAGUGUCUCCAUGGCAUGUCUUGCUUGCAUCAGUGUCGACCGCUAUCUUGCUAUUACAAAACCUCUCUCCUAUAAUCAACUGGUCACGCCUUGUCGCUUGAGAAUCUGUAUCAUUUUGAUUUGGAUAUACUCUUGUCUGAUCUUCUUACCUUCCUUUUUUGGUUGGGGAAAACCUGGUUACCAUGGUGAUAUUUUUGAAUGGUGUGCUACCUCCUGGCUCACCAAUGCCUAUUUUACUGGCUUUAUUGUGUGUUUACUGUAUGCUCCAGCUGCUUUGGUAAUCUGCUUCACAUAUUUCCACAUCUUCAAAAUUUGCCGGCAGCACACCAAAGAGAUAAAUGACAGGAGAGCUCGUUUUCCUAGCCAUGAAGUGGAUGCUGCUGGAGAGACUGGGCACAGCCCUGACCGCCGCUAUGCCAUGGUUUUAUUUCGGAUAACCAGUGUGUUUUACGUGCUUUGGCUCCCCUAUAUCAUAUACUUUCUGCUGGAGAGUUCUAGGGUGCUGGAAAAUCCAGCACUUUCCUUCUUAACAACAUGGCUUGCUAUAAGCAAUAGUUUCUGCAACUGUGUGAUAUAUAGCCUCUCCAACAGUGUUUUCAGGCUGGGACUCCGGAGACUGUCAGAGACAAUAUGUUCAUCUUGUAUGUGUUUAAAAGACAGGGAUGUACGGGACCCCAAACCUAGAAAACGGGCUAAUUCCUGCUCCAUUUAAAGAAAACUGGGACAACUAAUGAAAUGCAAUCUGACAUUGGGUUUGGAUAGCAUUUGAUACAUCUGGAAAUUUGCCACAACAGAAAUAUUUAUUUGAAUAGUUCCUAGGACAUGAGAUGGGGUUUGCAAGUGAUUCGUAAUAAAGGAAAAGGUUGCUAUGAAAGGGCACUGAAAGGGUACACAAAUUAUAAUGAAUAUGGGUCUUGUGAAAUUGUGUGGUGGUAUGACAGAAAUUUAACAGAAGAUGAAAGAAAUCAAUAUCUCAUAUCUUCCGCAGGGCAUGAAAUAACUGGCACUUCAAAGCAGGCUCCCCCUUGAGAUAAAUUAGUGACCUAUUAAUUUUUUUUCCUUUUAGAGAAAUUGUCAUAUAUAGUAUUAUAUAUGUGGCAGGAUAUACAGUAGCUUCUAGCAUUAAAAUAUACUUUUUUAAACACAGUGAAUGGUUCUCCAUAAAUGAUAUCGACAGAGGAUGCAUAAUAAAUGUUGCAAUUUAACAAUCAGCUGCACAUAGUCUUUGCUUGUGUCUUGUACUAUUUUCAGUUGUACAAAUAUCCACUAAACCUUUUCCCUCCCCUUCUUCCCCCCAAACCCCAUACAAAUUAAAGAAACUGAUGGGUACACUUUUUGGAUAAAAUUAAAGAUUUGUUUUUUGCAUUUCUCAUGCAGCUUCCACAAAGCCUGCUUCUUCUCCUCACCCCCCAUUUCCAUUUUUUCAUGCCCUGCACCUUGGGUUCCGUUAUUCAGAAGUGACUUAGUUAAUGAAGGAGCCUGUCAGAUAAAAUUAAUUUCAAAUAACUUCUUCCUUCAGAAAAUUCUGUCUAUUUUUACUAGUUGGAUGUUUGCAUUCAUCAUAUUCUAAUGACUUUUACAAACUUUGUUCUCUGGAUCCUGCUAAAUUAGCACAUAGUACUCAUGUGGUGUCCUUUAGGAUGUAUUAAAGCUUUUCCUUUAGCAAUUACACAAAUAAUCCUAAUGCAAAUAUGAUAACCACACACAGCAGUGUAACAUCACUGCUCAGUGCAUUUAAAAAUUUUUUUAAUGGAAAAUAACUUUUCUGUGGGGUCUGAAUAGCUGACUGUUGUAGCUGCCAAUCCUUUGUGUGAACCUAGCUUGCACAUAUUGUAUUUUUUUAAAAAAGAAAAUGUAAAGUAUGUGAUCUGUGCCUAAUAUUUUCAUAGCAUAUGGAGUAGGUCAAUUUUAAGUCUACAGGAUUUUAAAAAAGAAUUACUUGCUCUAAGAGAAAUACUUUUGUGCAGUUAUUAAAUAGGUAUUUAUUAGAAGAGGAGGUGGAGAGACAAUUUAGUAUAAAAUACAGAGAAGAGCCUCAGUAUUGCCUUUUGUAAUGAACUGCCUUUCAGGUUCACCGCUUAAAUAAAAUACUUUGCAAGGGCACUACAUGUAUAAUGAAUUGCCUAGGGUUCAGAUAUAGUAUGAGAGGUAGUGAGACAUUUUAAAUAUUAGUUUUAACCCAAGGUGCCAUUUUCUCAGAUGGUGGUUUUUGUUUUUUAAAAAGGCCUAACUAUUGCUACUCUUAAAGGCUGCGCUAUAGUUUCUGAUUUUACCCAAAUGCAUAUAAUGAAAUUGUGCCUAUGACUUUUCAUAACGGAAGUCAACCCUAUUUGCACACCAAUGGUUUGACUACAGUAGUCUCUUUAAAAAAAAAAAAAAAAAGUAUGCAUUGUUUUAUUGAGGUGGUUCUGAACUCCUGUACAUUUUUAAAAGUGUAAGAAA